CGGAAACUCUCGCGAUCAGCCCACGCGAUCAGCUCCGCGAGAUCUUAAAAUGAGAACAGGGCCUUACGGCUGAAAGAACCCGCGUCCUUGGCGCUUUCCGCUGGCGGAAAUUCCGGUGGCUACGUGGACCCAGACGGCACGGCUAUUGUAAUGUCGUCUGAGCUUCUGCCAGCGCCUACUCCGGAUCCGAGGGUGACGUGGAAUUACUUCGACGAGCAGGGGUACGUGUCGAGAGGCGGCCUGCGAGCGGGCGAAGACCCGUACGCGAGGAAUAAAUUCAAUCAGGAAGCCUCCGAUGGUCUCCCAAGCAAUCGUGACAUCCCUGACACUCGCAGCGCCAUGUGUAGGAUGAAACAAUGGAGACGGGAUCUUCCGCCAACUUCUGUUAUAAUUACCUUCCACAAUGAGGCACGGUCUACAUUACUCAGAACCGUCGUCAGCGUGCUGAACAGAAGCCCCGAACAUCUCAUUAAGGAAAUUAUUCUGGUGGAUGACUUCAGCGACCACCCUGAGGACGGCGAAGAAUUAUCCCGCAUCCACAAGGUUCGCGUGAUCAGGAACGAAAAAAGGGAAGGUCUCAUGAGAUCGCGUGUCCGGGGUGCGGACGCGGCUACUGCGAGUGUAUUGACAUUUUUGGACUCGCACUGUGAAUGUAACGCCGACUGGAUUGAACCUCUCUUGGAAAGGGUGGCAGAAGACCCAACAAGGGUGGUAUGUCCUGUAAUCGACGUAAUCAGCAUGGAUACUUUUCAAUAUAUCGGUGCGUCCGCUGAUCUCAGAGGUGGGUUCGAUUGGAGUUUGGUCUUUAAAUGGGAGUAUCUCAGUCAAGUGGAACGUCAGGCGAGACAAAAGGAUCCAACGCAAGCCAUUAGGACCCCUAUGAUUGCUGGCGGACUGUUUGUCAUCAACAAAGCGUACUUCGAGAAGCUCGGCAAAUACGAUACACAGAUGGAUGUCUGGGGUGGAGAAAAUCUCGAAAUAUCGUUCCGCGUGUGGCAAUGCGGUGGCAGUUUGGAGAUUAUCCCCUGCUCACGUGUGGGCCAUGUAUUUCGUAAACGUCAUCCUUACUCGUUCCCCGGAGGCAGCGGAAACGUGUUUGCUCGAAACACGAGGCGCGCCGCCGAAGUAUGGAUGGACGACUACAAGCAGUUCUACUAUAACGCCGUGCCACUGGCACGAAACAUCCCUUACGGAAACAUCCAAGACAGAAUGGAACUUAAACGGAGAUUGCAUUGCAAGCCCUUUAGCUGGUAUCUGAAGAACGUAUACCCGGAACUAGUCAUACCUACGAGCGAAGGUGGUCCGGGAGGCUCUUUGAAGCAAGGUACCGCUUGUUUAGACAGCAUGGGCCACCUUCUCGAUGGCAACGUGGGUCUUUAUCCUUGCCACGAUACUGGCGGUAAUCAGGAAUGGGGUCUCACGAAAGACGGUCUGAUCAAACACCAUGAUCUCUGUCUGACCCUGCCGGUAUACGCCAAGGGUACGACGUUGCUGAUGCAGAUCUGCGACGGCAGCGAGAAUCAAAAGUGGCGACACUUGGAGGGUGGCCUGAUACGCCACUCCAGAAUCCCCGUGUGCGUGGACUCGAGAUAUCACGCGCAGCGCGGCAUCACGGCGGAGAAGUGUGAUUCGAACGCUGAGACGCAGAGGUGGCAUCUCUACAAUCACAAUCACUAGCUGAUAUGGUUGCGGUGAACACGCCAUUCACCCGCAAACUCUCACUUAACUCGCGCGCAAGUGCGACGAUAUCACAGUCACCCUGUUCAACAAGGUCGACCAGUCAGUAGCGCGUUACUUAAUUAGGAAACGGCUAUCCGUGCGCGCGACUCGACCGAUCGAUCCGUGCGGACUACUAUCGCAGACUUGGAUGUAUCUUUGUGCGAUAAUCGCGACUCUUCACCAUCUCUUAGAUGAUAUCAGUGAAGGGUCUAUCUUGUACCACGCUGACUUGCAAGUUUGCAAGUUCUCGAUACGGCAUGUCCUAUGAGGUUUGAUUGGGGCUGUACGUUAUGUAUAUGUUUGUGUGAAAGAAAUCUGAGAAUUCUUUGACAAUGUUGCUGAAAGUAGUACCAUAAGACGGGAUAAUUUCGCAAAGAAAGGAGAGUGAAAAGGGUUUUAAGACUGCCUGGUGUAUAUGAUAUAUAUAUAUAUAUAUAUAUAUAUAUAUAUAUAU